AUGACCCAGACCGAGGACCGCUCCGCCUUCCACCUCCUCGGCCACCCGCUGCCCGCCAUCAUCGACCUGGACAGCACAGCGGGCGGCACCGUGGACCUCUUCAUCCUCUCGCUCUCCAAGCCCGUCCUCCUCUUCCUCUACCCGCAGUCUACCUCCUCUGCCGCCCUCCUCGCAUCCUACGCCCAGCACCUGCCACCGCUGCGGCGCAUCGAGCCGGACCUGCACAUCUUUGGCCUCUCGACCCAGCCCCACGCAGAGCAGCUGCACGACGUUGCAAAACACGACAUCCCCUUUCCGCUCCUCAGCGACGAGCACCGCCAGCUGACACAGGCGCUCGACAUCCCGACCGUACCGGCGCAAGGGUCCACCUCGGUGUUCAAGCACCUCACCCUCCUGCUCAACGGAGGCCAGAUCACCCGCAUCGACUUCCCCAUCGACAGACCGGAAGAGGCGGCCGUAAGAGCCCUCCGCCUCCUCGUCAGCGAGGAGGAGCUCAUGCGCCAGGUCGAAGAGAGGGACGCAAAAGCGGCGGCAGCAGCGGCGGCGGCGACUGCCCAAGCAUAG